AAAAACGGAUGUGGCUAAUACUGUUACAACUUAAGCGAAAGUACGUUAUGACUGAAAAUAACAAUUCAGGACAGAUAAAAAUACACGGAUAAAUAUGAUACGCAGGUUUAGAUCAUGUAAUGUGAACAUAAAGCGAUUUGGACUUUUGGUUAUUUUGGGAUCUGUUUUGUUAACAUAUUCAUGGAUUUACGUGUUGCCUCACCAUACCGACGCCGAGUUAAAACCAUGCAAAAUAGAGAAAUUAAACCCAUGGGAUGACUCGCUAAAACAGUACAUUGUCGACCCACCGCCAUUAAAAUGCUCAAAGCGGCACCAGAUUAUGUUUGUUGACAGCGAAGGAUAUCUGCAAUUUAAUGAAACGGCAAUGAGCCUAAACAAACUUGAGAAAUCGUCAUUUAAAUGUGUGUAUAGUACUAUGAAAAGAGAAGAUGGAGAUGUGGAAGUGACAUUUAGACCGGAACAAACAUUUACGAUACCAGCGUUCAUAAAAAGUCACGUGUUUCGUGUAAAAUGCUCAAACCAAACGAACAAACUUGUAUACGAUUAUCUUCAUUUUAACCCAGUUUGGAAUGAUAAUGCAAAAAACAUAGAUCAAAUAGAAUCAGAAAGUGAAAACAAACUUAGUUUAAUAAUAUUUGGAAUAGACUCUGUUUCUAGAUCUCACGCGCUGCGAAAUCUUCCAAAAUCGUACAAAUUUCUUACAGAUGAAUUCAACAUGUACGAUUUCGAAGGCUAUAGCAAAGUUGGCGAAAAUACAUGGCCGAAUCUAGUCCCGCUUUUAACAGGAAAAUCUCAUAGAAGCUUUCCGUUAGAAAGUCAUUUACGACAUCAUGUUGAUUCUAUGCCAUUGGUGUGGAAAGAGGAAGUGAUGAAGCGUUUUGCUACAUACUUUGCCGAAGACAGGCCAGAUAUUUCUACAUUUAAUUUCGUGAAAAGUGGGUUUAAACAUGUGCCAACUGACUUCUAUUUCCGUCCAUAUACUCUAGGUAUGCAUAAGUUCGAGCCGAAGAUUAUUGACUUCUUAGGAAAACCGUCAUGGGAUUGUUACGGUGUUAAAAAUUAUUUUGAUAUACAAAUUGAUUAUUUAAAGGGCUUUUUGAAUAAAUAUAAGAAUAGAAGAAAAUUUGCAUAUUUCUGGAAUAAUCAAGUGUGCCACGAGCAGUUCACAACAUUAAGCAGAGGGGAUGAUUCUUUGUUAGAAUUUCUGAAGUGGAUGCAGACGACAAAUCAGACCAAGCAUGCAAUACUUGUCAUGAUAAGUGAUCACGGCUACCGUAUAGGCGGCGCUUCUUUGACCCAUACGGGCAGAGCUGAAAACAAUAAACCAUGGUUGAUGAUUCAUGUUCCAGAAUAUUUGAAACAAAAAUAUAAAUGGCUGCAUAAAACUUUGUCGGAAAACACACAAAGACUUACGACUCACUACGACAUGUAUCAGACCAUGUUUGACCUGGUCCACGAUGUUGCCUUCAAUGAACAAAUUACCAAACCUGUAAAAACUGAUCUUGUUCGAAGAAAUUUAUUCCAUUAUAUUCCAAUAGAAAGAACGUGCGCUGAUGCAGGUAUUGAAGAGAAAUAUUGUACAUGUAAGGAAAAAAUAAACAUAUCAACUUCAAGUGGAAUCGUUCAAGGCAUGGCUAAAUUUCUAGUUAAGGGAAUUAACGAAAUUUUGAAAAAGCAGCAAGACGUCUGCAGUGGUCUUGAUUUUUAUGACGUCACAGAAGCCUCGGUUUCGUAUUCUAACAGUGAUGAAGAUAAUAUUCCAAAAGGACAAAAGCAACCCGGAUUUUUUGAAAAGCUUUUUAAUAAAGAUAUAAAAGACAUUACAGGACGCUAUUAUAUACUUUUUCACACCAUACCCGGAUACGCAUAUUUCGAAGGAACUGUUGAUUUUUCAGAAAUUGGACCAGAAGGAGAAAGGAAUAAAAUGACAAUGAUAGGGGAACCAUCCCGACUAGAUAGAUAUGGUAACCAAUCUCAUUGUGUCAACGACUCAUUUCUAAGACUUUUUUGUUACUGUAAAGAUAAUAAACCUAGUAGAUGAUGAUCAUUCAUUUAUUUAUUUAUAAAGUAUUUGCCAGUUCACAUACAAACUUUGAUUUCUCAUAUUGCAGGAAAGAGAUUUUUUCGAAUAAAAAAACAAACAAUAUUUUAUCUCCCGAGUCAUUUCUACAUAUAACUGUGUAUUUUCUUCAAUAUUAUUGCAAGAGAACAAAACUACCGGUAUUUUCAUCCGGAUUUGAACACAAUUUAAACAUCUGUUUACUUUAAAACAAUAAGAGAAAUGUUUUAAAAUAUUAACGAUGUUUGAUAUUAACUAAUCUUGUUUGUACAUGGUUAUGUUUGCAUAUAUGUAUAUGUGCAGUCAGUUAAAACGGAGGUGAUUUUUAUACAUUAGAUUAAAACUUUUA